GUCAAGUUAGUGUGUAUCGCACUACCCGCGUGGUUCCUCCACGCUCCAGAUCUCCAUCCCUCCGGAUCUCCCCGCCGCGCCGCCGCCGCCUCCCGUCGCCGUUCUCCGCCUCCCUGGACGACGCCGCCGCGCAUUCUCCUCGUAGACCGCUCGCCUCCCCUCCCCUCCCCUCCACCGCCACCCGUCCCCGAUCUCCUGCGCCGUCGCGCCCAAGUCAAAUCCCCGCGUCCCCUCGCCCCCCCCCCAACUCCUGCGUCGUCGCGAGUUCGUCUCCCCGCCGGCGAGCAGCGGCUGCUUCCGCCCCUCCGAGUGUAGAUCUGGAAGCUACUUUGGGGGGGUUUGAACUGAACCCCCAUGCCCCACGCUGGGUCCGCCCCUUGGGUAUAAACCAUCCAAAAUUCAGCGGCCGGGAUCCGGGAGCGACCUGCCCCAGAGCGGGGAGAUCGCUCCUUUUCCGGUGACGAGGAGGGCGAACUCCUAUUCAGCCAUGAUGGAGGCGGACAUGGAGAACGGGAGGUUGUAUCCGGAGAGGCCCAGGACUUUCUCUACCGUCCGGAGUAAAUCGUCCUUGCCACCGAUCUUCCGUGUGUUGAUGAGGAUAAAUCCCCGUGCUUUCAUUGUUCUCCUUCUCUUGGUCUUCAGUGGUGUGCUCUACGUAGGAGCCAGUACAUCACCAAUUGUGCUCUUUGUGUUCUGCGUAUGUACUCUAAGUUUAUUCUUCUCUCUCUACCUCACAAAGUGGGUUCUUGCCAAAGAUGAAGGGCCUCCAGAAAUGUCCGAGAUAUCAGAUGCCAUAAGAGAUGGUGCUGAAGGAUUUUUUAGGACACAAUAUGGUACUAUUUCUAAAAUGGCAUGUAUCCUGGCACUUGUCAUUCUUGGCAUCUAUCUCUUUCGAACCACUACCCCACAGCAGGAGGCAUCUGGUGUUGGAAGGACAACAUCGGCAUAUAUUACGGUUGCCUCAUUUCUCCUUGGAGCUUUAUGUUCUGGAAUAGCUGGUUUUGUUGGGAUGUGGGUCUCCGUACGUGCUAAUGUUAGAGUUUCAAGUGCUGCCCGGCGGUCUGCGAGAGAAGCACUGCAGAUUGCUGUCCGUGCUGGUGGUUUCUCAGCCAUUGUGGUUGUUGGCAUGGCUGUAUUUGGUGUGGCAAUACUGUAUGCAACAUUCUAUGUUUGGCUUGAAGUAGAUUCGCCAGGUUCAAUGAAAGUUACGGAUUUGCCUCUUCUCCUUGUGGGAUAUGGUUUUGGUGCAUCUUUUGUUGCCCUUUUUGCUCAAUUGGGUGGUGGAAUAUACACCAAAGCUGCUGAUGUUGGGGCUGAUCUUGUCGGAAAGGUUGAGCAAGGAAUACCAGAAGAUGAUCCUCGUAAUCCUGCUGUCAUUGCUGACUUGGUUGGUGACAAUGUUGGAGAUUGUGCCGCACGAGGAGCUGACCUUUUUGAGAGCAUAGCAGCUGAAAUUAUCAGUGCAAUGAUACUCGGGGGAACAAUGGCCCAGCGCUGCAAAAUUGAAGAUCCCUCGGGCUUUAUAUUGUUUCCUCUUGUUGUCCAUUCAUUUGAUCUGGUGAUAUCAUCAGUUGGAAUACUCUCAAUUCGGGGAACACGUGACUCUGGAUUAAUAUCCCCUAUUGAAGAUCCGAUGGCAAUUAUGCAGAAAGGAUAUUCUAUCACUAUACUGCUUGCUGUGCUUACCUUUGGAGUGUCUACUCGUUGGCUCCUGUACACUGAACAAGCACCUUCUGCAUGGCUCAAUUUUGCCUUGUGUGGCUUGGUGGGCAUCAUCACAGCAUAUGCUUUUGUUUGGAUUUCCAAGUAUUACACAGAUUACAAGCAUGAGCCUGUCCGCCUUUUGGCUCUUUCAAGUUCCACAGGGCAUGGAACUAAUAUUAUUGCUGGAGUAAGCUUGGGAUUGGAAUCAACAGCGUUACCAGUUCUGGUGAUAAGUGUAGCCAUCAUAUCAGCAUUUUGGCUGGGGCAUACAUCUGGAUUAGUAGAUGAGUCUGGGAACCCAACUGGUGGUCUUUUUGGGACAGCUGUAGCUACAAUGGGGAUGCUCAGCACAGCAGCAUAUGUUCUCACCAUGGACAUGUUUGGUCCAAUAGCUGACAAUGCUGGUGGUAUUGUGGAGAUGAGUCAGCAGCCUGAAAGUGUUAGAGAAAUCACAGACAUUCUAGAUGCUGUGGGCAAUACAACAAAAGCUACUACAAAGGGAUUUGCUAUAGGGUCAGCAGCACUGGCCUCCUUUCUCCUUUUCAGCGCAUAUAUGGAUGAAGUAGCUGCAUUCGCACAAUUGCCAUUCAAAGAGGUUGACAUAGCAAUCCCAGAGGUUUUUGUUGGUGGCUUACUUGGCGCGAUGCUUAUAUUCCUGUUUAGUGCAUGGGCUUGUUCUGCUGUUGGCAAAACUGCACAGGAAGUUGUUAACGAGGUCAGGAGACAGUUUAUUGAGAGGCCUGGCAUUAUGGAUUACAAUGAGAAGCCCGAUUAUGGUCGAUGUGUUGCAAUUGUGGCAUCUGCUUCCUUGAGAGAGAUGAUAAGGCCAGGGGCUUUAGCCAUUAUAUCACCCAUGGCCGUUGGUAUUAUCUUCCGUAUGUUGGGCCACGCUACUGGCCAGCCUCUUCUUGGAGCCAAAGUGGUAGCCGCUAUGCUUAUGUUUGCCACUGUUGCCGGUAUUCUCAUGGCACUCUUCUUGAACACUGCCGGUGGUGCCUGGGAUAAUGCUAAGAAGUACAUUGAGACUGGCGCUCUUGGUGGCAAAGGCAGCGAGUCUCACAAGGCUGCAGUUACUGGUGAUACGGUUGGAGAUCCAUUUAAAGACACGGCGGGGCCUUCGAUUCAUGUUCUUAUCAAGAUGCUCGCUACAAUCACAUUAGUCAUGGCUCCAAUAUUCUUGUGAUUAACCAUUGUGUAUCGAGCUUGUUACUAAUCCUGCGGCGAAAAUAUUCGAGGGUCCUGUAGAUGAGCUAUUUACGUGAGUGGGACGUAUUGAUUCGCUAGCUUUGUGUAGUUUGCCCCAAUUGAAGAGAGAAUCACUACUGCCCAUUUUGAUAGUGUCCAUAUUAUACUAUCACUCUUUUGGACGAAUGAUACUAAUGUUGGUAAUAUACUGGGACAGGGAUUAGGAGGGCUUUUAAAA